AUGACUCAUGCAACCUCAGAAACGGAAAAUUCGAUUUGCUGCGUUUGGUCCUGUGACGAGAUCCUGGAAUCGGUCUGCAACGGCGGGUUAUUGGCGCGACGAUAUCACUCUGUUGCUCGGAUGAGUGUGCAGCGGCAAUUACGGGAGGAUUGGGAUAACAGGGAAUACGAGCAGAUUGUCGCCGAUAACGUGAAGAACAUUGCAAACUUCUUAUCAAGCUUUGAGUUGUCGUGUCGAAGCAAACUAGCAUCUCUCAGUGAUAAGCUCAAUCUUCUUGAAAAGAAGGUCGAGUUCUUGGAAGCACGAGUGCGUUCAUUUUCUGUGUUACAUGCUUUUUCAAUGGGAGUUUUGCCAUAUACAGUAAACUAUUUUUCUACGUAUCACAAGAGGGGAUACACUGAAUUAGAAUGUCCACAGCUGGCAAAGCGAUACACAAAGGCGCAAGCGCCUUGCGUCGUGUCGCUCCUGUCAAGUCCAUCAGCAAGGAGGAAGCUCGUCAAUCUGUUCUUCAAGUUUAUAAAGAUUUAUUCAUUUAGGCAACGCAUGACUCCGAAGUUUUGGUGGGAUUUUGGCAUGCAUGAUAUGCCAUUGGGAGUUUUCCGUUCUGUACUUAAACAGCAAUUUGUGAAAAAUGCGCACAUCACCGAUUUUCGCGUUAUUGACAGACUCGUGGAAGAGACGAGACAGUUUAAUGAGUCCUUCCACGCUCGUUUACGGCAUCGCUUUCAGCACAUGUACGCGAUUCGAUAUGCCUUCUACAAUCCCGAUCAUGUCCGAAACUAUCUGUUUCGAGAGAACGUCGAAGCGAAGCCAAAGGACUUUUUAUCGAAAUUCCUCAGUGGUCAAGACUGA